UACAGAUUUUGGUUCCGAUAUUUAUCAAGUUCAAUUCCUGGGCGGGUCCCUUAACAGAGCUGGAUGAAAAACAUCUGGAUCUGCCUACACGAAGCCCCAAGACCAACCAGUUGUUUCACUGAAUACAGCUUCAAUAAGCUCACUACUCACAUUCUCAAAUACAUAGAAAGAUACAGUUCGACCACGACGUUUUGACCAGGUUUACAUUUUUAUGUUAAGAUUAUGGGGUGCUGGAGAUUCUCAGCAGUGAAUAUUGUUCUUCUGUCUUUCUGCCUUCCCAUCCUCUCCUUCACACACAUCAAGACCAGCCUGUGUAAGUGGUGUGACUACUCCAGCCCUAUCUGUGAGGACAGUGUGUGUUACACCAACUGUUCCCUCUCCUCCUUCUGUAAUCUGAGUGAAGAGAUCUGCGUUGCUAUAUGGCGGAAGGACAACCAGAGUACGAGUGUGAAGACGUUAUGCCACCAGCCCAAGCAGCCCCUGGAGAACAUCAUGUUGUCCAACUACUCCUCCAACGAGUGUGUGAUGGCUCCUCAUCCUUCUGAGGACGGGGUCCUGUUCGUCUGUGGCUGCCUGGGAGAACAUGAGUGCAACGAUAAGCUCAUAUUCGACAAGGGCUCUAAUGGUUUUUCCAAGCUCAAGAGUAAAGAUGUGAUCCCAGUGGUAGUGAUCAGCCUUGUCCCUCCCUUCUUAGUGGCUAUCAUUGCUUCCAUGGCUUUCUACCUGUACCGUACCAAACAGCCCAGCAAGCAGCCCAAAGACUGGGCUCCCAAACGCACACACUACAAGGCUUUGGACAUCCCUGAGGGACUUAGUGGGGACGUCAUCACCGGUGGUGAGGACUGCCAUGGCAAGCCAUCAGCCAUCAAUGGCGACACCACUUCUGACAUGUGUCCUGUCUGGGCCUGUAACUUCAACCACAACAUGGAGCAGCUGCCUAUCCAGCUGGAAGCCUUGGUGGGGAAGGGUCGCUUCGCUGAGGUGUGGCGGGCCAAGCUCCACCACCAGGCCGCCGGUUCUCUGUACGAGACAGUGGCAGUGAAGAUCUUCCCGUCUGUGGAGUACGUGUCCUGGAGUAAGGAGAGGGCCAUCUUCUCUGACGCCAACCUGGAGCACGACAAUGUGGUUAAAUUCCUGACAGCAGAGGAGCGAGGGCCCUCCGGCUCCCCUCAGAGGCAGUACUGGCUGGUCAUGGCCUAUCACAGCCUUGGGAACCUGCAGGACUUCCUGGCGGGCCACGUGUUGAGCUGGGCUGAGCUUUGUGCUAUGGCUGGGUCGGUGGCUCAAGGAUUGGCCCACCUUCAUAGUGAUACCACCCCCUGUGGGAUCCCCAAGGUGCCUGUGGCCCACCGCGAUCUGAAGAGCAGCAACAUCAUGGUAAAGAGCAGAAGAGAGUGUGCCCUCUGUGACUUUGGUCUGGCUCUGAGGCUGGACCUCUCCCUCACCGUGGAUGACUUUGCCAACAGUGGCCAGGUGGGGACAGCUCGCUACAUGGCCCCUGAGGUGUUGGAGUCUAGGGUGAAUCUGGAGGAUCUGGAGGCCUUUAAACAGAUGGAUGUCUACUCCAUGGCCCUGGUCCUCUGGGAAAUGGUGUCCCGCUGCGAAGUCAUAGGGGAAGUGAAGAGUUAUGAGCCGCCCUUUGGCUCUAAGGUGUGUGACCAGCCGUGUGUGGACAGCAUGAGGGACCUGGUCCUGAGAGACAGGGGCAGACCUGAGAUACCCACCAGCUGGACAACACAUCAGGGUAUGGAUCUUCUGUGCGCCACCAUCAAUGAGUGUUGGGACCACGACCCAGAGGCCAGGCUCACAGCCCACUGUGUGGUGGAGCGCUUUGGAAGUCUAGAAGAGGAGAUGGAGCAGAAGGGGUUAGACACUAUCAACAACAGCCAGAACAACCAUCAGGGUCCUCCCUCUGGUAUCUUCCCUGACUGUGACGUGGACCCUUUGACCCCUGAAACAGACACAGAGGGACCCUCAUCCCUGGGCCACUGACUGAGAUAAUAUAAGGAUCACCAGAAAGAGACAUUUCUGUAUGAUAGAUUGAUGGCACUCUACCCUACGAACAAAAGGGACAAAUUUUUGUAUGAUAUAUUGUUUAAUUUGAAGGAGCUGGUCUCCUGUUCGAUUUGUGUAAUAUAGCCUUUAUGAAGUGUCUUACGAAUGCACUUAUGAA